AUGCGUUUCAACAUCCCAGCCCUCCUGACCAGCUUGGCUGCUGGCCUCCUCAUAAACCAGGCUGGUGCUGCUCCUAUUCAAGAUAUUCAGAAUACGGAUCUCAGGAAUUCGAGUUCCAGCCUACCCUUGUACAACUUUGAUCUUCCCUAUGAUAAGGCGCUGCAAGACGGACUCGUCAAACGCAAGCCACCAUCCAACAACGACCAACUCUCCUGGAGCGAUGCUAUAUUGACUGGUAAACGCAAUAUAGCGAAACUGGAAAACCCUGGGACAUCUACCAAUUAUGCCAACUACAAAACCCAUUACCAUGAAGGUGGUGGCAGACAUGCGACGAAGGAGCUCCAGUUUGGCUCAGAUAAUGGAUACUGGCCUCCUGCAGUCCUGGAUCUCCUUGGACUCACAAAAGAGGAUAAAUACCAAUCAGUAUCGAUAUUCUCCAAUGACCAGAUCAAGAAGCACAACCUUCAACGUCCAGUGGCACAGAACGGUUAUAUUCCAAGUCACGGCCUCAUCCUUGCAAAGUCUAACUUCAAGAAUCAGGACCAUAACGAGGUAAAAAACCAACUUCCACCAGCUGAAAUCAUGCUGCAAGUAUGGGAUGAAUUAGCUGGUAACAAAAAGGAUGAUCUCCAUUGGAUUGUUCGCUCCAAUAUUGUAAAUGAAGGGACCAAAUCGAUAAUCGACGAAGCAUACCAAAGGCUUGGCAAGAGUGACAAGCAAAUGGUCAAGGUCACCCAAGCGGAACACCUUGAGGUAUUUCAGGCAUUGUCAGGAACUCCAAACUGCAAGGGUAUUUAUCCCACAUUUGCCAAUCAUGGCAACACACAGGGCAAGGAAGUGACGGCCCUCUGGAUAUACAAGGAACCAGGUCAAUAUUUUAUCGCCAUGGAGAUGGAAAAUAGUAGCUGUUAA